CAAACUUCAACGUUUCUAAAUUAUGUUUUUCGUAUUUAUUAUAGACAAUAAAUGAGUUUCACACUCGUCGCGGGCUUCUUUCAUUCGACUGUUGUUUUUAUCGCUUAAGAUCGAAGCAGUAGUUGGCACCGCGUUUAAACGAUAAUGAUAUUUCGUAUUAAUUUCAUAGUCUCAGUUUAGAUGUCCUCCGAAAAAUACAAGAGACGCGACAAAAGUGAAAUAAAAGAUGUUUUGUAUUAGCUGUGAGGUCCUGUCUGCCUGCCUGCCCUGGCCCAACCAUUAGUAGCCCUUCCGACCAAUCGAGCCGCUCCAUUAUUCGGCGGACGAACAAGAAAAGUAAGGCGAGGACGAUCGUAUUCUGCUGCCCAUAACUGUUGAGCAGAUACAGCCAUCCGCCCGCUGCUGGCAUUACUGCCGCUCUUACUAUCACUGCGAGUGUUUAUAUUGUCCAUCGGCUGUCUGCAUGUCUGUUUAUGUUUUUGUCGUCGUCUGCUUCUGACGAUAGGUGUUACUCAGAACUGUCACUACUAUUCCCUUCCGCUACAAAAGCAUUGGCUCCACAAUUUUUUUCCUGUCUCGACUGUUGAGUUUCGUUGUGCUGUAGCGUGCCGUUGUUGUUGCCAGCAGCAGCCGCCGCCGCCGCCGGCGCCGCCGUCGUCGUCGUUGUCGUUGUCAUCAUCAUCGUCGUCGUCGUCAUCGUCGUCGUAGUAGUGCCGUUUGUGUGUUUUCACAGCAACUGUUCCGCGAUCGGUUGUGGGUCGAUCGGUCGGUUGAUCGUUCGCUCGCCUGCUGCUCGGCUCUGCGGUCUGCCAGCCAGCGAACCCGCCCGUCAAGCGUAUGCUAUUGUGCUUGCCUACUUUUGGCAGCAGCAGCAGCACAACAACAACAGCAGCAGCUGCAACUAGCGAGUGCCAGUCUGCCUUCUGCCUUCUUUCACACACGUUGUGUUACGACUGGGUUGGUGCUGCUGCGGAUAUCAGUGCUACAUAGUUGGUUAUAGUAGUUGGGCUAAGAGCUGGUGGAAUAGUUGUACAGUUGUUACGACGGACGAAUAGCACAGAGCUAUCUAAUACCUAAUAAUCGUUCGAUUGUUAAGUCGUUCGAGCGUGAAUCCAUCUUUUCCUAAUCUUUCGAUCAGCGAUUGCCUCGCCCAAUCUCGAAUACCUCCUACGGGUUUCUACGACUUCGGUUGAUACGCGCGCGACAGCUACAGCGGCCGCCGCCGCCGCAACAGCAGCAGUCUUCGUUCGGGUUCGCUCACUCGUAUCGUGCAAGCAUGGCGGACCUCCAAAGCUUUUUUGCCAAGAAGGAUAAAAAAAAGAAGUCGAAGAAGCCCGAAACGUUUACGCCCGAUGACCUCAUGAAGAAAAUCGAACAGGACACCCAAGGAUUGGCAGAUCCUGGCUAUGACAGCAACGGCGAUACAAAGAAUACUCCAAAAAGUAUCGCGCUCAGUCUUCCCAACUCUGGAAAGGAGGAUGAGGAAUGGAACGAGUUCGAAACAGACAAGGAGGUCGACCUAUCCACUCUAAAAAUCCAAAAUCUCGGAGAAAAAGAAAAAGAGCGUCAAGACGAGAAUGACCAGGAAUCCCUAAAAAAGGCUGUUGAAGAAUCGAAAUCUACAAUGAAAUGGAAUAUUCCGCAGGAGGAAUCGUCCGACGAAGAGGACAACCAGCAAGAUGGCAAAAAAUCUGACGAGAAAGAGGGAACUAAGAAAGAAGCUAAUGGAACCUCUGGAUAUAAGGACACAGAACAGCAAACCGCUAAUAAUGCCAACGACAGUAAAAGUAACGUGGCUAGUAGCGAAGGCAAAUACAUUCCGCCCGCAAUGCGCGCUAUAUUUGAGCGAACCUCCGGUCCUCCUUCCACAGCUAGCGGUGGACCCAAUCUUGCACCACUUACAAUAAAACGGGGAGGCAACCAAAACCGAAAUCUUGAUGUGAACUCUAUCGACCAGUUUCCUUCACUCGGAGCCACCGUGCAAUCUGCUGGUGCGUGGGGUUCGGGAGCUGGCGCCCAGCAAGAUGGCGCGGGAGCGUUUACCUCGGUACGGAAAGGAGCUCGUGGAACUACCGAAGGGCAGGAUCAAAAUGCGCUCAGCACGUCAAAUAAAUACGCGAUGCUCAAGAACCAAAAUCGCACUUAAACAACCACCAUAUUACGUUGGUCGAUGUGGGUAACAAUAACAACAAGCACUAUUACAUAUGUUCUUCUAGCAACACUGCGCAUCAGACAGACAGCUAGGCCAGUCAAACCACAAGCGGACGAAAGGACUUUCCAUGACCCAGAAUCCUUUGCCAUCCAUAAGACGGCAGAAGACAGGUAACCCGCCACCGUAUGGUCAUCACCGCAAGCCAUUGCAUUUGUCAUUGAGCACACGAUUGGAGGGCGCUUCCCCUUUAUAUGGAGAUAAUGUUUUUGAAUUAGGAAGAGUAGAAGUCCCGAAAUAGGAAAGAUGUCAAGUGCGGACACUCAAAUGGAUUUACAACUGCUGUCAUUUUCCAAAAAGAAUGUCUUGAGAAAGGAGAUAAAAAAACAAUUGCAGAGUAUAGUUGCCUCCAUCUAUACGGAUGGCGGCGCAAAGUACCGAAACUGUUCUCGUUUUGAUUUGAUUAGUUUAGUGCUGAUAAAUUUCUGGAGCUACAGCAGUGGUUCCUAUGCCUUUGAGUUUAUUUUUUGCGCUUUUGUGUAAUAUUUUUGGCGGACAGCGGUAAGUAAAAAGGGUCAUGCUUAGAGACAGAGCAAAGGGUCAAUGAGUUUGUGAUUUCAGCAACACACAGAUGUAUGCAACAGAAGAUUCUACGGUUUAAAGGGGAAAAAUAAGAAAACUAAUUGGGUUUGAUCAGGUCAUGUACAAUAUACAGAAAAUAGAUCACAACAGUUAAUGACCAUAAAGCCUUGAGGUAGUAGAAAAUUUAAUUAUCAAGUUAGAACGGGGUUAAAUAGUUAUUAACGUUUUUUUUUAUACUAUUAGAAGUUCCCGAACAUUACUUGUACACAGCCACGCUAAAAGUGGUUGGGAAAAGGACAAAAGGUAGAAUAGUUAAAAAAUUAAGACGAUACUGUAAUAGUACUGGCUGAAAGAACGUGGCGCAUUGUUUACGAUAAUGCGCAGCCUCACUGUGAGUUGUUGCUUGAUAGAAAAACGGUUAUAGAUGAGAAUAUAAUUAAUAUUGUUGUUAAGCAUAAUUAUAAGAGAAGUAUAGCUACCGGGACGCGCAUAGCAAUGGGGUCAGAUUAAAGAGCCACUGGACGACGGGGCAAUUAAUAAGUUUUUGAUAGAAAUUAGAAAACAGAAGAAAUAAACUGAAGUGGAAAAGAGUGCACACAUUUAGAACAUAAUAAGUAUCAUAAUAAUUAUUACAAAAAUUAUAUAUAUAUAUAUUGAUUAUAGGGACAAAUUACUAUGAAAAUAGAUAUUGCGUGGAACAACAGAGGAGGGUAUAUAUAGGGAUAUGAAUAUAUAAUUAUUAUUUGUAAAUUAUAUAUGUACGUCAGCCGCAGCUGGUCCGUGCAAACACAGAAAAAGAGGCAUGCGCCAACAAGCAGAAAAAAAAAGGCUACAGACAUAAAAACAAAAAGAAAAAGAGAAAUAGGAAGUGGACGAACUAGAUAGGUACCGAACAAACGCAAACAGGGCGUGCGUCGUCGAAUGUGAUCGAGCAGCCCCAAUUGGGACAUGCCAUGUGGAGGGUAAACUAAGCAAGAACGUUAUGAUGAACAAGUCAGUUUAGGUUUAUUAUUUAUGUUAAUCAAAUAUCAUAAAAACUCAAGUAAGAAAGUAAGCGAUUAAAUAGAUAAAAAAGCAGCUAGUUGGGAGUAAAAGCAAUUUUAUAAAAAGUUGAAGAUGAUGAAAAUUUGUAAGGUAAAUGGGAGGGCAAAAAUAGGCUUAAACUCAUUAGUAUCUACAACGCUUACGACCAAAAGAAAAAAAAAGACCAAUGAAAGUAAGGUAAAUAUUCGUGUUUGACUACGAAAUAGGAUUCACUCGAAUUUUAAAAGCUUCACGUAUUUGCAGGUAAAAUCUUUAAUUUGGAAGGACAACGUGCAAUUCAGACUAAAUUAAGUUAAUUAUCAGAUUAGCACAAUUGAAUCAAUCGACAAACAUGAAGUGCUUAUAUAAACUAGUUAUGGCGAAAUGAGGUAAAUGAUUAAAACUUAAAGCCUAAACCACCCUAUUCUCGUCUACCCCUUAAACGUGAAAUAUUAUACAAGGAAUAGAGGUUUUGUACUCCGCAGGUGGAGCAAAAAGGACACGAUAGAAAAACGAACAUCAUAAGUAUUGAUAUUAUAAACGAAUGUUCGUAAUGAAGAACGUUCGUUAGAAAAAAAACUGCCACACCACCAAUAAUGUUGGACGCUCGAUGGUUAUGAUGCCGUUUUUGUUUAUUGCGUAGAAAGGAAAACAGAGAAGGAGCGUUAUAUAAAACAUUUUGAAAAAAAAACAGUUGUGUUGGACUGCGGCAGUAUGUGUUUUGGUGUGUAGGAGCAUCAUCCGGGUUAGCAACUGCCGGUAAAACGUGCACUGAAUGAGCCAACUAAGCUUCUAAGCUGGUGUUCUUGGUGAACAAUUAUAAAUAGGUGGGCCGUGUGUGGCACUGCGAUGCAAUGCCCAAGUAUGAUGACUCUUUGCCGUCGUACACAGAUUUGGAAAUGUGUCCGCAUCCGCAGGGGUGCAUAUGUCUGUUCUGUAAAAUAAGCAACACAAUACUAUUGGGAAAUACAAUAUUGACAAUAAAUAAUCUGAAGACGCCUAAUAAAAUCAUUCUCGUCGUUUAUUUACA